GGUGGACCUCAUGCCGUCAUUUCCCCAUGUUUCCACAGAUUGGUAAAGCGCAUUAGCCUAAGCAACCCUUACAUCAGAGAAAUACACAGCGAGUGGCACCAUCUUGCUGAGCAAUUCACAGUAACUAAAAAUACGUGUGGCAAAAAAUACCAUGGCAGAGACAUUGGUGAAGGCGAAACCGCCACCCAACCUGAAUAUUCCCCAAUCCAACCACACCGUCAAGGUGUCGGUUAUCGAUGCAACAUGUCGGCUCCGCCUUCCCAUGAAGACCCUUCUCCAACCCGAAUACACCGGGAACGAGAACCUCGAGGGGCCCUGCCUGGCCUUCUUGAUCGAACACCCGGCCCGCAAACCCAUUCUGUUUGAUCUGGGCAUUCGCAAGGACUGGGACCAGCUUCGAUCGUACGAGCGGAUUGCCAGGCUCGGAUGGUGGGUCAACGUGGAGAAGAACGUGGCGACUAUCCUGAAGGAGAAUGGAGUUGAUGUCGACGGCGGGGCCAUUGAGAGCAUCAUCUGGAGCCAUCACCAUUGGGAUCACGUAGGAGAUCCAUCGACCUUUCCUGGCUCGACGGAAUUGGUCGUCGGCCCGGGUUUUAAGGAGGCCCAUAUGCCCGGUUAUCCCACACGCGAGGACUCGCCUCUCUUGGACACGGACUUCAAAGGCCGCAACACGCGGGAGAUCGACUUUCAGAAAGAAGGCGGCGGCCUCAAGAUCGGCCGCUUCAAUGCCUUUGAUUACUUCGGCGAUGGCAGUUUCUACCUCUUAGAUACGCCAGGCCACACAAUCGGGCACAUUUGCGGCCUCGCCCGCACCUCCACCGGCCCGGACACCUUCAUCUUCAUGGGUGGCGAUGCAGCUCAUCACGGCGGCGAGUUCCGGCCCACAGAGUACCUGCCCAUUCCCAAAGAACUCGACCCGUCGCCCUUGAAGCGACGAGGCGGCGUAUGUCCGGGCCACCUGCUGGAAGAGGUGCACGCGCACGGCGUUGCGGACAAGCCCUUUUACUACGUGACCAAGUCCUUUGCGUACGACAAGAAGUUGGCCGACUGGACGCUCGACGGGCUAGGGGAGUUCGACUGCCACGACAACAUCCUCGCGCUGAUGGCGCACGACAAUGAUACUGUGGAUCCGCCGCAGCUAGACUUUUACCCGGACUCGGCGAACGAUUGGCACCAGAAGGGGACGGCGAAGAAGUUGAAGUGGUUGUUUUUGGGAGCGUAUGACGGGGCGGUAGAGGCGAAGCAGAAGGGGGAGAAGCCUUUUGUCUGGGGGCAGACUUGAGCGUGUUGAAGCUUCGUAUAUAUAUAAAAUAAAGCGGCAGUCGUGCCACCUGCUACAAGUCCUCAGACUCGUUACAGGUAAUCGUGGUGAAGAUGCGUGGAUGCUUGAGCGAUCUGACAAUUCGCUGACAAUUCGGCGACUUCCGUUAGCGCCCGAGCAUCUCGACCAAUCAUACUGCAGAUCUAGUCGAAAGGCUUCAAGUUGUUCACCGG